AUGGUUUCUACUUCCUCCUCUUCCACCACUAGCGACGAUGCUACAUCACCCCCAAGAUGUUUGCUACUAGGACUCGAGGGAAGUGGGAAAACGACUUUCGUGAACAGGAUAAAGACUGGGGAAUACAUAGACACGGAGCCCACGAGCGAUUUUCUCGUGGAAGAGGUUGUGGUCAAUAAAAAAGGCGAGACGAUAACCUUCAUCGAGGUUGGCGGCACAAACCGUCGAGGGAUUCGGCUUCAAUUUCUUAAGGCCAUGCCAGGCCAGGCAAUCUCAAUUCUCUUCUUCAUAGACGUCACUUCAAGCCCCGAGGCUCUUCAGAAGGCAUUCGAGGAGCUUGUGUAUGUCAUAACGUAUACGCAAGAGCGUGCGUGCUCGAUCCACUAUCUCGGCGUUGUUCUCAACAAGCAGGAUCUUCUCAACUCGCCCCCAACUAGUCUGUCAGGAAGGACGAGAAAGAAGAGCUUGAGCUGGGGCACUAAGAAACCUGUACAGCAAAAACAGCCGCGAGUUGAUCUGGACCUAGAGAGAUAUGUGGCGAUGGAAGUUAUAGAAGGGGAAGAGAAUGAACGUAUGGAUAGCCAAAGCGAGAUUGUGAAAUGGAUUCAGAAGGAGACCCGAGACGCAAUCGAGAAACACAAACUCGCCCAGCCGGAGGAACUCGACUUCUACUCCGAACUACUCUAUACCGGCCCAGAUGGGAAAGGAAUUAGUAUGAAAAGAGGAGACGGAGUGCAGGAAGUCUACCAUAGGCUGGUGCAGGGAAUGAAGGCUGGAAGGGAAAGGCCAAGUCUUUCAGUGCUGGAAAAAAUAGCAGAAGAAAAGUUAUAG